CCCAUUAUUAUUUCAUCUAGAAAGAAACAAGAACUUGUAUAUUAAGACGUCUUAAUCUAGAAAGGUUGAAAAGAUAUCUUGUGUAUGCAGAAAAAGCAUAUCAUAAUAUACCAAUAGAGAUAUAAUACAUGUUUUGUGACCAACCUAGUCAAUGAAAACCAUCACGGAGUCCACCUGGAGAAAUGGUUGGUGGAAGGAGAUCUGAUCUGUUUUCGCUCAUAAUUUCAUUAUUACAAAUUAUAUGAUGUGAUGGUUGAAGUACAUUGACAGAUUUCCCAUUCUGGUGGAUAUAUGGCGAGGAUGAUGCGGGAAAAACUGUUAUACGAAGUGCGUCCAACCCAUAUUCAUCACUAUUACCAUCCUCUGCCUUUUGGCAGUGGUGGUGGCAAUAUGUACCACCGCAAGUGUUGUUUUAUCUGUAGCAUUGCCUUGCUGCCCAUCUUGUUUGUGUUAUAUGGACAUGUAUACCAUGAAGCUCAGAACAGUGAGAAUGAAACACACACAGGUGCUCCAACAUACAAUAUGUCUCACUUGAAGCUCAGGGAUGAAAAGAAGGAUGUGACCAUUUCUUCACAAGUUGAGCUCCAUCGUCACACUACAGCUAAGCAUAAAGUAGCCAUUUCUGGAUGGUCAUAUAACACAAGUCGAGAUCUUCGACGAUACGUCCUACCAGACAAUGUCACAGCAAUCAUCCCGCAAUUGGACCUGUGUAGCAGUCCAGACCUGUUUCUUUUGGUGGUUGUAUGUUCAGCUGUGGCCAAUUUCAAGGCAAGAGCAGCCAUAAGAGAAACAUGGGCUUCUGCCCCUUCCAUUACAAAUUCAAGCAGCUCCUUCAAAGUGGCCUUCCUUUUGGGUGAUCCAGAAAAUUCCACAUUACAGGAGCUGGUAGAUGAUGAGAACCUUCACUAUUCAGACAUUAUCCAGGAAGGUUUUGUGGACAGCUAUAACAAUCUGACCCUAAAAUCAGUCAUGAUGCUCAAGUGGGUAUCUACCAAUUGUCGUUCAGUACAAUACAUAAUGAAGACAGACGAUGACAUGUUUGUCAACAUUAACAACCUUGUUAGGCUACUGAAAGUACGCAUCCUCGGCAACCUGCUGGUUGGUGCUCUUAUUUGCGGAGCACGCCCCAUUGCAGAUUCCCAGAAUAAGUGGUAUGCUCCACACUACAUGUACCAAGGGACAGUUUACCCCAAUUAUUUGUCUGGUACGGGGUAUGUCAUGUCACGGGACGUGGUGUUGCGGCUUUACCAAGCUGCUCUGAAGACACCUCUCUUCCAUUUAGAGGAUGUGUAUCUCACAGGCCUGUGUGCUCAUGCAGCUAGAAUCCGACCAAGACACCACCCAUCCUUCACAUAUAGUAAACGGAAGCUCGACCCCUGCCUGUAUAAGGAUAAAACCGUCGUUACCAGUCAUCGUGUUAAUGGUUCUGAAAUGCGAAAGGUGUGGUCAUUGAUGAACAAUCCACAGUUGGACUGCACUGGUUUCACAAUCACAUCUGCUGCUGCACAAAAGUCUGGUGCUAAGAAUGGAAAACAGCAUUUCAUAAACCUCAAACGCUCCAGCAAGUGCUUCUGAAGAACAGUUACAAAUGUUGCUUCCAUUGUUGAAGAAAAUAUAAAUAUUUGAAGAAGAAAAAAAAACUCUUUUAUGUAAGAGUUGUUAUUUAUAAUAAGGUUAAACAAUUUAAAAUUAUUUUUCGGGAUUUGAAUCUGGAUGGUAAUGAGCAUUUGAGUAAAAUUACAGGAAGAAUCAUAUCUUAUGUAUGCAUUGAUAAUUCUUUGUUAUGCAUGAGUGUGUGUAUCUGCAAAAUGUGGAGUGUGAAUCUCUCUUAGCUCAAAUUUUGUUGCAGUUCCUAUAUAAUUCCCUUAUAGUUUUCUUUCACACAGAAGAUACUGUAAACUAUUGAGAAUUCUUUUUAGAUGUACAGACAUUUUGUUUCUGUAUUGUACAAUGGUACAUUAUUAGUACUUUGUGUGAAGUACUGCAGAAAGUUAUUCUACAUCAUAUCACAAAAACAAAGCUUUGCCGUAUAUGUGGAAAGUAUCUGAAUUAGGUACAUCUGUAAUUAAAAAGAAAGAAGAUGGCCCCAAUUUGAAAUCUAUACUUUGGUUCUUGUGUCCGUGUAAAAUUAUAAUAAAAUUCAGUUCCAUGGAACAUUAUCUGUUAGAACUGUAAGUUUUUUUCCUUUCUAUUUGAAUUCAUGUAAUAUUACAUACACUAUGGUCAUGAUUCAUAAAUUAAGUUAUAAAAUAUAAUGUUUUUAACAUUCCUACAACUGUAAGUUCUAUAAAUUUUGACACAUUUUCUUCCAUUGUUAUAUCUUUCAAAGGGGUCAUGUGCAGAAGUACAGCUUUCUUUGUUAAGUAAAUUGCAUAUAUGUAUAUAACAUAAGUUUGUGACAACUCUGUUGCAAAAGAAAUACUCACCAAUACCCCUUAUGGCAAGAAAAGAGGCUGUAUUCAGUCAGUUUUCUAGUGUAUUUAUUUUUGCAUGUUAGUUGUGGUCCUGGUGAAAAUAUAAAUGAAACUGACAAGUUAAAUUAUGUUAAUAUUUUAUAGACCUACUCUUUAAAUAUACAAAAUUUUGAAAGAUCAGUUUAUGAUAUAUAAAUAUAUUUUUGAUUGCAAAUUACUCUUACUGUGAAGGUGAUAUUAGUUUCAUGCCACUCUGAUUGAUAUUUUAAAUUGUAUUGUUUUUAUUAGUGUGAGUAUUGUUUUUAUUUAAUAGAUGGGAAGACCAGUCAAUGUCCUGUUAGUGGUAAUGAACACACUAGGUUGUUUUUAAUUUUUAAAUGUUUGAGAGUUACCAAUCCUGGCUGAAAACAAGUAGUGUAGUUCUUCAGCAUUCUUCAUACUCCAAUGUGAGUGAAGGACACUGUGUUUUUCCUAUGGGCAUAGGCAACCUGCAUGACUGGGGUUCAUUAUUGUGCAACAGUGGAAAGAUGGAACACAUGCAACAAUUGUGUUUGAUCAGAUCAACCCAACAAUGACACAAGGUGCAACAAUUGCCUUGGGACACAUUAGUUCAACAGUGACCUACGUAUUAUGGCAUGAAGAACAUCUUUGGGAUGUUAAUGUACUCCAAAGAGUACACCUUUCCAAUCUUUUUUUCAAGCUAUGUGACAGCUUGUUCCUUUAGCGUGUGGAUUUCAAUUAAAGAACAGUAAUGUAUAUCAUGUAUACAUUGUGUUCACUGAUAAAAUAGAAUACUACUGGAAGAUUUCCGUCUUCUGGGUUGUUGCGCUGUGUAGUCUGGUCGAUGUUUACCAACGUUUCAGAUGAAUCGCCCUGAUGACGGAGGCAGUAUGACCUCUGAAACGUUGGUUAACGUUGACCAGACUACACAGCGCAACAACCCAGAAGACGGGAAUCUUCAUACUCACCGCUGUGAAAACCUCAAAUCCUACAUAGAAUACUACUGUUACUUCCUGGACCCUGGGAGGAUCUGUAAUAAAAGGGAAUAAUAAUAAUAAAUAAUAAUUUAUUUACAUUCCAGGAAGUUGAUUGUAUUGCUUUUAUGGAAUGAUACUUGAUUUGUAUUAGGAAAAACUUUGUGUUUGGUAGUGAGUCAUGCAGUUUCAGCCGGAAGUUUGAAAUUAACAGUUCUGUUCAACUUUUAUCACUGAAUGCACUGUGCAGUGAUCCAGUCUGCAAAUAUCUGUGGUUUACUGAAUGUCAUGUUUAUUCACAUGAUUACUAUAAAUCACUUCAUACUAGUAUCUUACUUAGAACAUUUGGUAUAGCCAUUGCUAUUGCUUGGAAGACGUACUGUAAUUUAUCACCAAAAGGUUCUGCAUCAAUAUGCAGAUUGGUUGUAACAUCCUAGAUAUAUACACAUUUUGGUCUCCCCCAUAAUUUAUGGUAAAAUAUUUGGUACUUACAACUUUUCAUUAAACUUUUCAUUACAUUUUCAUCAACUUACUAAUCUUCAAUCUGUUUCAGAUUGUGUAUUUUUCUAUUGAUGUAAUUCAUGUGCUUGUAGUGCUCUUUACUUUCCAAAAAUGCCCCUUUUUGUUUUCUUGGUGGCACCAGUUGCAACUGUGGUAUCAUUUACAGGCACACAUGUAAAGUGUGUGUAGUUGAUAAGCAAUCCUUUCAUGUCUUUAAGAGUGAUCGAAUGUCAAGAAGAAAACAACACAGCAAUGAUACUUGUGAUUUAUCAACUAUAUGUGAACUACAAAACCAAGAAUGCAGUAUGUAAAAUUGUUCUUUUGGACUUUGUCCAUCAUCUAAAUUAUAAAACUACAGCAUUUCAGAAGCUGAAUUGUGCUUCUGUCUUCAGGUAGAAAAGAGGGAAAAGGACAGUUAGGCUUUCUGCCCUCUUUCCCCUUCUGAAAUGCUGUAGUUUUAUAUUUCUGAAAGAAAUAAAGCUCAUGAAAUUUUCCUGUAGUGCUCAGAUUUCCAUGUGGACUUGCACCAAGCUGCAGCCGCAUAUCAUGCCUAUGCCUGCAAUAAAAACACACAGUUUUAUGAAUUGUGUGUUGUAAUAUGAUAUUCUUUCAAGUUGAAGUAAAUGUGUUUUUGUUAAAACUGCAUAUAAAGGUGAAGUAAUAACAAUAUUUCUCUAUGUUGGUAUAAUUUACCUCUGAAUCUCAUUGAUAAUGGUAAGAAGACAUAAUUAGGCCUAUAUUCCCUAUAGAAUAGAUUUUUAAUUUGUAAUUAGUGUAUAUGUUAUGAGAUAGUUUAGGAUGUAAAAAUUCCAUUCUUGAUGUGACAGUUUGUUGUGUGAGCUGAAAAUAUUGUGAAAUUAUUUGUUCUGCAAGUGUGUUGGAUUUGUUUUGGCUGUAUAAAUUUUGUUUUGAUAAUCUGCA